AUGGACCAGCUUCGUGUCUUCGUCCCGGCUGCGCCGCGGAGCGCAAGCACACAGCCGGCACUGCCGGUGUCGCAGCCGGUGUCGCAGCCAGUGAAGCAAGUUCUCCAGCCCGGGGCUCCGCAGCCUCAGCCAGGGACCCAACCGGGUCCCCCGGCUCCGCUCCAGCCCCUUCAAGCCAUGUUUAUGCAGCGUGUGCAGGGACAGGUGCCGCAGGUUUCUCCGAUGAUGAUGCCAGGGUCGGUGCCCAACUGUCCGGGCUCGCCACAACCCCAAAAGCCUCGAUGGAUGGAAGUUUCUGCACCUGGGAGAGAGACCAAGACAUCUCCUGCUCCUGUCAGGCCGUCUCCCGACACGAUAGCUGUGAAGCCGGGCUCUCCGGUCACUCCAGUCCGUGUCGGACCAGCACCAGACGCUUCGCAAGGCAGCGCCCACAAUGCACCUGACUGCAAAAUGAGGGCAAGCGCACCUUUGCUAGAUACACUUGUGAAGCCGUCCGCCCCCGUCCCUCCGGCCUCCGCGACUCCAGUUCCAGGCCCUGCCAAGCAAAGCGAAGCCAGGGCAAGCCGCGAGGUGGUGAGCCCGAGCUCAGGCCCCGACGUUGCCAAGCACCCGGCCCCCGCCACGGCCCCUUCGGAUGUUGCUUGCAUGUCCUGGGCCACCAGCAACUUCGAGCGGGCCGAGGAAGUGCCAGAAGGCAAAGAGAAGCCGGAGGCAACGGAAGCGGGGAGCCUUUCCCCGGAUUCUAAGCCAGCGAGGCUGCUGGAGGUUCCCCGAGGUCGAGAUGGGAAAGGCGCUCGACAAGCCUCCGAUUCCAGAUCUCCCAGUGGCUCUCCGAGCUGCCGGACAGUGGGAUCAGAUGAUCAGUCUGUGGACGAGGUGUGCAGCCGGACACCAUCCCCAUCUCCAGAGCCUACACGCCAGAAUGGCAAACAGCAGCUGGCUGAGCUACUUGAGCUCUGGAAGGCUGCAAGGCAGGAAGGUGGACCGCUUUCCAUAGAGGAGUGCGAGUGCAUUGAGAACAUAUUCUAUGACAGUAUGAAUCCUGACCGUGUCAAGAUUGUGGAGAUGCGCCGUGUGGAGCAGCCGGCUUUGUUGCGCAGGUUCUGCACAGAGGAGCAGGAUUCUCUCGAGCGCCAAGCCAGAUCACAGAAAACGCACAAGCAGUUCAUGAAGCUGCACGGCACUCGUUGGGAGUAUGCGCCCCUGAUCGCCGAAAAUGGACUCGACCCAUCCUGCGGCCACCUUACGAAAGGUAGCUGGCUCGGCGGCUUGGCUGAGAAAGCCCACUCUUACGCCUCCAAAGGCCCGGGACCCGAAGUAGAUGACGAGGAUGGCCACAAGGCCCGACUCUUUGCUCUAUUUGUUGUUGCAUGCGUGCCCGACGUGAGUGAUGGAGACGACGAGAGAUCCUUUGGUGUUUGGCGCAUCAUGUCCGCCCGGCGCAUGUGCCCAGCCUAUCACGUGAUUUACUCUGCCCCGGCUGAUGUGGGACGGCACAAGAGGCCCCUGAUUGAGCCACGAGCCAACAAGGCAAUGCUCCUGAAGCAGGGCCACGAUGGCACCGGCACGGAAUCGGCUGGGCCGAGCUCCUUCAGAUGCCGCAGUGUGAGCCCGCCUCCACGCAGCCGCACGCCGAACCCUCCAGCCGAGGCAUUGCAGGAAGUCACUAGCAGCUGGCCGGUUUCGAAGGAAGGGCGCAUGCUCCCUGGAGCCAUGGCGUGCACCUCCCCUGCUCUCAAGGUUCACAAAGAGAGACCGUCGAGCACAAGCGAGUCCCCAACAAAGCCUCGUGGCCAACCAGAGCGGCAAGGCACCGCAGGGGAGUCCCCAGCCAAAGCCCGCAACCAAACGGAGCGGCCCUCGAAUGGUGAGUCCCCGGCGAAGUCUCGGAAUCACCUCGAAAGGCCGUCGAACAACGAGUCCCCAUCGAAGACGCGCACGUCUGAUGGUCGACCGCCUGCCCCCAGCCCAGGUGUCCUGAAGCUUCACGAAGUGAACGCAGGAGGGAGCUCCCCUGCCCGGGAUGGACGGCCUGCGAACCCGGCGCGCACAUCGCCCGCGCUCAAGGUGAAACAGGACGCCCGUCCCCCCAAGGGCAAGAAGGAGGAGAGCCGCGACGCGGGCAAGGAUACGGGCAAGGAGCGCAAACCGGUGGUGGCAUCCAGUUGGGAAGUGCAGGGAGAUGAUGGGUGGAUUCCUUUCCGCCCAGGCUGCAAGUUCAAGGAUGAGCCGGGGACGAUUCAGCAUAUCUGCCAUGGAAAGUUCUGGUAUGCGCUGACAUUCGACGAGGACGGCCUCACUGGGACGCAGUCCAACACUUGCACAGGUAAAGUCCGGCAGCUUCGUCGUGUGCUGCCCGCGGCCAGCCCAGAUGAACGGCCAGCGGCUGACAUCACGUCCACGAACGACCAGAGUCAAGAAAAGAAGAUGCAGACCCAGCCAGCUCUCCCAGCUGGGGCUGGGGGCUGGUAUCCUAGCUUGCUGAAGGGGAGCACGCCUGUAAAACAGGCUCCUGAUCCAGUUCGCUGA